CACCCGUCACGCAACCUGCCACUCCCCAGUCACCGCCGCCUCGACCCAGCCGGUGCAAAAGGCAUCAUGCCUGUCGGUCAUGGCGCGGCCUCUGGAACAUCGCCGGUCUAACCCACACAAGUGCCGUGCACCCCAAUGGCGGGCCGGCGCAUUGCACCUCCUCUCUCGCCAGCAUCAUGCGGUCGCCGCCCAGACGCUCCAGCCCCUCUCUGCCUUUAGCGUCGCCUCCGGGCUCGGCCUGUUCGACAUUGAAAAUAUCCCGAGCGCGUUCAUGCCCGGUUGCUGUGUGUUGCGCGCCCGUCCUCCUCCUGCCUUCAGCCAAUCUCUUUUCCUACCAGUCGUGUGACCCAUCCCUUCGUCCCGUUUUCGUUCUCUGUCCGUGAUGCGGACAUGCCCGCUCUUGGCCCCACCCAGCCCGCGUUGCCCAAAUGCCCGUGCCAUCGGGAACCCGUUCUAACCGGCCGGCCGUGUCGCAUGCAGGUCCGGAACACGACCGACUGCGUCCCCAGCCCUAUUUCGAGUCCGCCCACGGCUCCGUCUACUACUCGCCGCAACGUCCGGCCAACCGCCGGCGCCGGCCCACCUCCGGGAACUUCCCGGCCCCGCUGAUCGAACCCCGCCAGCGCCGUCCGCACUCCAUCCACAUCAUCUCCUACCCACCCGGCUUCGUGCCCCGCGAGUUGCGACCGGAGUCGCCGGAAUCGGCCAGAAAGAAGUCGGAAAAGCGGGAGAAGCGAGAGAAGAAGGAAGCCGAGAAGCGGGAAGCCAAGGAGCGGAAGAAGCAGGAAAAGGCGCGGAGGAGGGCGGAGAAGGAACGGAGCGAGAGGCAAGAGAAGAGGCGGUCCCUCCGGUCCCUGCCGCCGGCCGGCGAAAGGGUCACCAGGGUCCUGGGCAAGAUCUUCGCCGCCUUGUCCAUCACGCCGAAACCGUCGCCCGCCGUCUCUGCGACCCCCCCUCUCAGGGACCGGUCUCGCCCAUCUAGUUUCAUCAGCUUCGCCAGGCGAUUCUCCUGGUUCGAACCGACCUUGGCUGAACCGAUACUCGUCGCCGAGGAGCCAGUUGCCGAGCCGCCCAACAUGACCGGCGGCGCUACUGUUGCCCGUCCCACGAUCCCGACCGUGGUGCCUCCGCAGAACCGCAACAGUAUCAUGUCGAUACGGUCUGCCAAGACGAUGAUGAGCUCUUCCGUCUCCGAAGUUCAGAAACCAGUCGCGUCGGGCAGCGGCCUGACGUGCUCCAUCCUGUUGGCCGAACCCAACGUCUUCCUGACCGGGUUUGACCACGACCACCACUCACGACGCGGAGGCCAAGCCACGAGCGCCCUGCUCCGGGGUAAGCUGCAGCUGAACGUGUCCAAAAACGUCAAGAUCAAGUCGGUGACCCUGCGGCUCGUUGGGAAGGCAAGGACAGAGUGGCCCGAGGGCAUCCCGCCCGCCAAAACAGAGUUCUCCGAAGAGCAGACCCUGCGCACCCAGUCCUUGGUCUUCUUCCACGCCAUGCAUCAGAGCAUGUGGGAUACCGAGUACGGCAGCCAGUGCAGCUACACGCACAAGAGGAGCGCGCUGCAACCCACCGCCUCCAGCGGAUCUCUGCACCUCCUGGGUAGGGGCCGCAGCAGCAACUUGACCGCCAAAGAGCUCCAGCGGCUCUCCCUGCGGUCUGUGAACUCCCGAAGCUUCGGCAAGGGUGAUUCGCCCCACAUCAACCAGGUCCAGGCGAAGGGCUACAAGGUGUUCCGCCCGGGCACCUACGAGUACACCUUCGAGCUCCCCAUCGACCACAACCAGCUCGAGACGACGAAGCUCCCGUACGGCUCGGUACGGUGGGAUCUCGAGACCACGGUCGAGCGCGCCGGCGCCUUCAAGCCCAACCUCCACGGCUCGAGAGAGGUGUCCAUCGUCCGCCUCCCGGACCAGAUGUCGCUCGAGACCGUUGAGCCGAUCUCGAUCAGCCGUACCUGGGAGGACCAGCUCCACUACGACAUUGUCAUCUCGGGCAAGAGCUUCCCCAUCGGCGGCAAGAUCCCCAUUGCCUUCAAGCUCACGCCGCUUGCCAAGGUUCAGAUUCACAAGCUCAAGGUGUUUGUGACGGAGAACAUCGAGUACUGGACCAAUGAUCGCCAUGUGACCCGCAAAGAUGCAGGCCGCAAGCUCCUGCUGCUCGAGAAGACGGCAGGGAAGCCGCUGGACCAGAAGUUCGCCGGCAGCGAGAUCCGCGUGCUCAGCGGUGGCGAAUUGGACCCCGACCAGCGCGAGGAAGCCCGGCGGACGGCGAUCCACCGCAGGAUCCGGGAGGCGGCCAGGACCCGAGGGAGUCCCGAGCCCUUGCCGGAACCCAGCGAAAACCUCCUGGGCGACCUCGAUCUUGGGUUGGAGAGCUUCUGGGGAAGCACCGAGAUGGAGAUGAACGUGCAGCUUCCGACAUGCGAAGCGAUGGCCCGCGACAAGUCGCUGCGGCUGCAUCCGGAUUGCAGCUGGAAGAAUGUGAAUGUGUAUCACUGGAUCAAGAUCGUCAUGCGCAUCUCUCGGGUAGAUCCAGAAGACCCCGCCGGGAAGCGCCGCCGGCACUUCGAGAUAAGCAUCGACAGUCCGUUUACGGCGCUCAACUGCCGCGCCACGCAGGCAAACACGUCCUUGCCACGGUAUUGCGGCGGUGAGUGGCCGAUUCCGGAGCAGCGACAGCAAAUGUCGUGCGGGUGCCCGGAUGCCCAAGCGCUCGAUCCGAGCUUGUCGGGUGCAGCCGGGUCGCUCGCCAUGGUCGAGGAGGACCUCCUAAGUCUCAGCGGCCGCCGGCUGCGUCUCGACCCGCCCGGCCUUCCUAGCGUGCCCCAGGCGGCGCAUCUCCAGCCGGCCGACAGACUCGACGCCAGGCAGGGCACUUCCUCCAACCCGCCGAGACUAGAGACGUCGUCUCUCACCCCUGGCGAACAAGACCGGCCGAUCCAUCUCCUCCGGCGGCCAUCGCACAACCCGCCUGCCUUCGACGCCGACGACCCGCCGCCCCCGCUGCUCACGCCGCUGCUCACGCCGCCGCCCCGGUACGACCUCAUCGUCGGCACGCCGAGCGUCGACGGCCUGGCGGACUACUUCAGCCGGCUCGCGGCCUACGAGGGCAUGUGUGUCGCAGGCGGAGCGAACGGAAACAGCCACACCGAGGACGCGGACGCGGACGCGGACAACAGCGACGCCAGCACCACCGGCCCGGGCACCGACACGGGUAUCAGCACCGAGCCCACGUCGACCUCCGCCGCGGGGCAGUCGGCCCCGCUCGAUGACGUCGACCCGUUCAGCCGGAUCCGGCUGCCUGCCUGCAGCCCCGCCGGCGGCGGAGCAGCAGGAGGAGGAGGCGGAGGAGGAGGAGAAGGAGGAGGAGAAGCAGAAGCAGAGACAGAGAGUGGAGCCCCCCCAGUGGCGGACGACGACGCAUCCUCGGCGUCGGAUAGUGCCGACGACGACGGCGUGCGGCCGCACCGCCGGGGCAGGGUCAACGUGGCAAAUCCCAGGACGCCAGGCGGCCGGCUGGUGCCGAGCAGGAGCUUGGAGCUGGAGCGGCCUGCGGUGAGGCUGGAUAUGGCUGCUGUGUUGAGGCGGCGGAAUCACGAGGGGUAGAGUGGGGGAGCGAGGAGAGAUUGCAUUCACAAAAGUGGCGUUUGGUCUUUACUGUCGUUCGUGUUCAGGUUUUGGGGCUGCGUGACAUGACAAGGCAUCAAUCAG